GGAUGAAGUGGAAAAAUGUUGUGCUUCCCUGAUAUUCCCGUGCAGCCACAUUGUUUCAUUUUCCAUCCACUUUCUUUGGCCUUUGCAGGUAAAACCCUCAGUGUGAAGGUGAUGACAGACCCCAGCGGCAAAUCCAGAGGGUUUGGAUUUGUUAGUUACGAAAAACACGAGGAUGCCAACAAGGCUGUAGAGGAGAUGAACGGCACCGAACUCAACGGCAAGACUGUGUUCGUGGGCCGAGCUCAGAAGAAAAUGGAGAGGCAAGCGGAGCUGAAGAGGAAGGUUGAGCAGCUGAAACAAGAGAGGAUCAGCCGUUAUCAGGGAGUUAAUCUUUAUAUUAAAAACUUGGAUGACACAAUAGAUGAUGAGAAACUGCGCAAGGAGUUCUCUCCAUUUGGCUCAAUUACAAGCGCUAAGGUGAUGCUAGAGGAGGGGCGCUCCAAGGGCUUUGGCUUUGUCUGCUUUUCCUCCCCUGAAGAGGCUACCAAGGCUGUGACUGAAAUGAACGGACGUAUUGUUGGCUCUAAACCUCUCUACGUGGCUCUUGCUCAGCGCAAAGAGGAGCGCAAAGCCCAUCUCACCAACCAGUACAUGCAGCGGAUAGCUGGCAUGAGAGCCAUGCCAGCUAAUGCCAUCAUUAAUCAGUUCCAGCCCACCAGUGGAUACUUCAUGCCAGCUGUGCCGCAGGUGGUUCAGGGCCAAGAGCCCCUCACGGCCUCCAUGCUGGCUGCUGCACCUCCUCAGGAGCAGAAACAGAUGCUGGGGGAGCGUCUGUUCCCGCUGAUUCAGGCCAUGCAUGCCAACCUAGCAGGAAAGAUCACCGGCAUGUUGCUGGAGAUCGACAACUCUGAAUUACUACACAUGCUUGAGUCCCAUGAGUCUCUACGUUCAAAGGUAGAAGAAGCUGUUGCAGUUCUACAGGCUCACCAGGCGAAGAAAGACGCCACCCAGAAAGUAGGUGGCAUGGCUCCUACUGCUGCUGCUGCCACAUCCUGAAGACUCUGAGCUAUUCGAACUUGAGCAUAGAAAACUGAGAGGAGAUGGGAAGAGACGCACUACACUGGAAAGCCCAGAGUCUUCUGAACAAUCGCACGAAAACAAAAAUCGAGAAAAAAACAGAAAACAUUAUUUUAAAUGUACACUUUGAAAAAAUAUUACACAAUGCAUAAUUUUGUAGUUCUGUAAUACUUUUAACGCUGCACACCAGAUGCAGUGAUGCAAAUGAAUCUUGAACAAAGGCCCUUUAUUUUGUGGCAAAGGAGAGGAAGUAAAAAGAGCCUUGUUCUUCGUCUUUGCUUGAAAGCUUCAUGUUGGUGUGAGAUGACUCCUCCAUCCUGACACGUUAUCAAUGGGUGUGUGGUAAUUUCAAUAAAGGGAUGAUAUGUCCA